AGCUGCUGCUAUCCCUCACUGCCGCUCCCAUCUGCAGGCUCUGGGCAGGAAGAUUCCUUCUCUUCUCUCCUCCAAGGUUCAGCGACAAAGCCGCCACCAUGCGGCAGAAGGUGGUAUCGCUCUUGUUGUGCUACCUGCUCCUCUACGCCUGCGGGCCGGUGGAGGCAGGCAAAAGGAAAGACUCGGAGGACAGCGACUCCGGAAUCUGGGGCGCGCUGCCCUACAUGGCGAUCGGAGCAGGGGCCCUGGUCUUGGGGCUGCCCGUUCUGGGCUUCACGGGCACCGGUAUCGCUGCCAACUCGGUGGCCUCCUGGCUGAUGAGCUGCUCGGCCGUAGCGAACGGGGGCAGCGUGCCCGCCGGAGGGCUGGUGGCCACGCUGCAGAGUUUGGGGGCUACUGGUGGUGGCAGUGCCCUCAUGGCCAACGUUGGUGCCGCUAUAGGCUAUACUGUCCACAAGCAGAUAGACAACAAGGGGGCAGAGGAGGAGGAGGAGGAGUGAGCAGCUUCCAGGACACCCAUCCCCCGCCCUCCUUCUUCCAGGUGAAGUCCAGAGCUCUCUCUGUGACACUCCAACGACCAGGUGAAAAUGAGAAUAAACUUCUCUCAGAAAACA